AUGUGUAAAACAGACAUUUCGGAUGCCUUUAAGAUCAUACCAGUGGUACCAACGCAGUGGCACAUGUUUUGCAUCAAAUGGAACGGCAGCUAUUAUUUCUAUAACAAACUCGCAUUUGGCUGCAGAUCUAGUCCGAAAAUAUUUGACACUCUAUCUCAAGCAGUAUGUUGGAUAGCUGAAAAUUGUUAUGGUGUGGAACAUAUCCUCCACCUGCUUGAUGAUUUUAUCAAGUUCGAACAUCCUGACAAGUGCGGAGAGCGGAACAUGGCCCUUCUUCAUCACAUUUUCAACAGACUAGGUAUCCCUAUGGCUAAACACAAGACAAGUGGACCAAAUACGGUGAUGGAAUACCUAGGUAUAGUGCUCGACUCUGAAAAUAUGGAGGCCAGGUUACCCGAGGAUAAACUGGACAGAAUUAUUAGUUCACUACAGUCAUUUCAACAACGACACUCAUGCACUAAGAGAGAACUGCUUCAACCCCUAGGACAUCUAAAUGUUGCCAGCCGAGUCGUGAUUCAAGGUCGUUCUUUCCUGUCGCAUUUAAUCACUUUGUCUACCACUGUCAAGGCGCUACAUCACUACGUGAAACUCAAUAACGAAUGUAGGGAAGACAUCAAGAUGUGGAUUUAUUUCCUAUCCAACUGGAACGGCGUCUCUGUCUUCUAUAACAACAAAGUGGUUACUUUAGACGAGAUAUGCCUGUACACAGACGCCUCUGGAACCCUAGGGUAUGGUGGUUAUUUCAGAGGAUCAUGGUUUGCUGAACCAUGGCCGCGCGAUUUAGAAAACCCAUACGCAAACAAUAAGGAACUAUCCAUAGCCUUUCAAGAACUGUACCCGAUUGUAGUUGCAGCCUUAAUUUGGGGCCACAUGUGGGUGGGCCAACGUAUCGUAUUCAUGUGUGACAACGCUGCCACCGUGGCUAUUCUAUGUAAAGGAAGGUCCAAGUCUCCUCACAUCAUGCCGUUAGUCCGACGACUAACCUUGUGUGCCUGUACAUUUAACUUUACCGUGUUGUCUAAACAUGUCCCUGAUCAUCUUAACAAUAUUGCUGAUUCUCUGUCUCGAUUGCAGAUAGCCCGACUCCGACGACUGGCACCCUACGCAGCCCGUUUCCCGUGCAAGGUACCCUUACCAACAUCCGUAAUGUGGAAUUCGAACCAGUGA